GCGUGUCAUGGCGGAGCUGGCGCAGGGGCAGAGCGCGGCGCCCGUGGGGAUCAAGCCCGAGGGCUUCGUCGAUGCUCUGCACCGGGUCCGGCAGAUUGCUGCUAAAAUUGGAGAUAUUCCUCACUUGAAUAAUUCGACAACACUCGUGGACCCGUCAGUUUACGGUUAUGGAGUGCAGAAGCGGCCCCUUGAUGAUGGAGGUCUCCGUGUAAGUGGGCUCCAUGGAGCACAGAUAAGAGAUACAGAGAGAAUAGGUAACCAGUUAGGGGCCCUGGUACAUCAAAGGGCUGUAAUAACAGAAGAUUUUAAAGUGCCUGAUAAAAUGGUUGGAUUCAUAAUCGGCAGGGGAGGUGAGCAGAUCUCACGGAUUCAGAUCGAGUCUGGCUGCAAAAUUCAAAUUGCUCCAGACAGUGGUGGGAUGCCUGAGAGGCCCUGUGUGCUCACCGGGACGCCAGAGAGCAUUGAACAAGCAAAACGGCUACUGGGGCAGAUUGUAGAUCGCUGUCGGAACGGACCUGGUUUUCACAACGAUGUUGAUGGCAACAGUACGAUUCAGGAGAUUUUGAUCCCGGCAUCCAAAGUGGGUCUAGUCAUCGGCAAAGGAGGUGAAACAAUAAAACAGUUGCAGGAGCGAACAGGUGUGAAAAUGAUAAUGAUCCAAGAUGGUCCAAUGCCUACUGGAGCAGAUAAACCUCUCCGUAUUACUGGAGAUGCAUUUAAAGUGCAGCAAGCAAGGGAAAUGGUACUGGAGAUCAUCCGAGAGAAAGAUCAGGCAGACUUCCGAGGCGUACGCAAUGAUUUCAGUUCUAGAAUGGGAGGAGGCAGCAUAGAGGUCUCUGUGCCCAGGUUUGCUGUUGGAAUUGUAAUAGGAAGAAAUGGAGAAAUGAUCAAAAAGAUUCAGAAUGAUGCUGGAGUUAGGAUUCAAUUUAAACCAGAUGAUGGGAUUAGUCCUGAAAGAGUCGCACAGGUCAUGGGGCUUCCUGAUAGGUGUCAACAUGCAGCACACAUCAUCAGUGAGCUUAUUCUAACAGCACAGGAACGAGAUGGCUUUGGAAGCUUGGCUGUAGCCCGGGGAAGAGGUCGUGGCCGUGGGGACUGGAGUGUUGGAACCCCUGGGGGCAUGCAGGAAAUCACCUACACGGUGCCAGCUGACAAGUGUGGCCUCGUUAUAGGCAAAGGUGGUGAGAACAUCAAGAGCAUAAAUCAGCAGUCAGGAGCUCACGUGGAGCUCCAGAGAAACCCACCUCCAAACACAGACCCUGGUGUGCGAAUAUUCACAAUCAGAGGAGUUCCCCAGCAAAUUGAACUCGCCAGGCAUCUCAUAGAUGAGAAAGUUGGUGGUACCAGCAUGGGUGGACCUGGAGGAUUUGGUCAGAGCCCCUUCAACCAAGCACCCACCACACCUCAUCAAAAUGGUCCUCAGGCGUUCAUGACGCAGGGUUGGGGCAGUACCUACCAGACGUGGCAGCAGCCUGGACAGCAAGUCCCAAGCCAACAGAGCCAGCAGCAGAACAGCCAUCCCGAUUACAGCAAAGCAUGGGAGGAAUAUUACAAAAAACAGAGUCAUGCUGCCAGCGCUGCUUCUCAGGCAAGCUCCCAGCCGGACUACACGAUGGCCUGGGCAGAGUAUUACAGACAGCAGGCCGCCUACUAUGGGCAGACACUAGGGCAGGCGCAGGCCCACAGCCAGGAGCAGUAGAACAACGCCCUCACGGCCAUCGUCGCUACUUGGUUUCUCCCUCGGAAUCAUUGUGGAAGAAAACCUUUUUGUAACAGAGGUUUCUAGAUUUGCAACGUUUUGAUGAAGACUUUUCUGUUUGUUUGUGAAACACUAGCUGUAGGAUAAUCCGUACUGAACUUUUCUAAGAAUCAGGAGCAAUUAGUAACGUACUAAACUUACGGACAUGCUGGUAAUUUUGUUUCUAAAUUUGUACAAAACAGCAAAAACAACAAAAAAAAAACCAAAACAACAA